AGGCUCGCUGCAGAGAUCCCACUGCCUCGGCUCUCUCACGAUUAAUCGCAGGGAUGGUGCUGACAGUGAGAGGAGACGGACGGACAGUUUUAUAUGUUUAAAUGGAUGACCUGGCCAGGUGAAAUCACAUCUACGCGGGGCCGAACAACCCUACCGUUUUGAGGAGGAAGACGACGCUACAGGGCCGAGGACAACGUUAAUGUUACUGAUGGAAUUCCCAGUCUUUGCUAGAUGGAGAAACCGAAAGGGUGGACUCGUUAUUAAUAAUUAAAGAAAACCCAUCUGCUGCUGAAAUAUAAGGAAAAUGCAUCUGCACCAGGUGCUGACGGGAGCUGUGAACCCUGGAGACUGUUGCUACUCGGUGGGGAGCGUGAAUGACAUCCCUUUCACGGCCUACGGCUCGGGUUGUGACGUGGUGAUCUUGGCGAGCGACUUUGACUGUGUGCAGAUCAUCCCUGGAGCUCAGAAUGGGAACAUACAGGUGGGCUGUGUGGAGUGCUCCCACCAGCUUGGCAGGAUUGCUGCAUCCUACGGAAACACAGUCUGCAUCUUUGAACCUCUUUCUACCAACCCAAACAAACGCCACAAGCAGCUUAACUAUCAGUGGCAAAAGACAGGACAAUUCUUCCUUGAUGCCAUCACCUACAACCUGGCCUGGGACCCACAAGGGAAUCGUAUCCUAGCAGCAACUGAGCGGCUCCAGCUGUGGGCUCCUCCGCUGACAGAUGCCCUGAUAGAGGAGGAGGAUGGGCAGCUGAAUGAGGACAAGCCCCACCCUGUCCUCAACGACUGGAACUGUGUCUGGCAGUGCAAGACUGCUGCAUCUGUUCACAUUGCCAAGUGGUCUCCUGACGGGGAGUAUUUUGCAACAGUUGGAAAGGAUGACUGUUUACUUAAGGUGUGGUAUCCCACCACGGGCUGGCGUUCUGCAGUGGUGGUUCAGGACCCCUCUGAUAAAAAGACUCCUCUUGUCCACUUCUCCUUUGUUUACCUGGCCCACCCUCGCUCUGUCACUGGCAUGUCCUGGAGGAAGACCAGCAAGUUCAUGCCCAAGGGUUCAGUGUGCAAUGUGCUGCUGACGUCCUGCGAGGAUGGUGUGUGUAGGCUGUGGUCGGAGACCCUGCUACCAGAAGACAGCCUGCUCGGAGGACAGAUAUCUGAGAACACACACUCUUACAGCUCCAGCCUGCCAGGACUGGCAGGAAAUAAGGACAAGAUCCAGCAUGCUUUGGAGUCAAUCCAUCACCUGAAGCAUCUUCGUCGCGGCCGUCGACGGUCCUCCGCUCUUGUGGCUCACAGUGAGCUGCUGCCCUCUCAACUCGGCACGCAGGAUGCACACACUCACCGCCACAUCGCACAUCAUGCCAAUGCGCUGUGUCACUUCCAUAUCUCAGCCAGUAUUAACCCCAACACAGACAUCCCACCAGUUCUGGCUGAGUCUGCAGUGUUCAACCCAGACGAUGGCAGCGGUGGUGGAGGCUUUGUGGUCCACUGGCUCAACAACAAAGACCUCAGUUUCACUGCCUCCAUGGACCUCUUCAUGCUGCAGCUCCGCAAGUUCUCUGAACAGCAACUGGAGCAAAACACAGAGGACCCUCUGGAUCCUGAGGGAUCCCCAAUGAAGUUUGAUUUUGACCUGGAUGAGAUGUCUGACAAAGCUUCCUCAGAGCAAGGGGAGGAGGGGGAGCAGGGGGAGCAGGGAAGCACCAAGGCCUCCUCCCCGGGGUCCAGCUCCAGCAUGCCUUUGCCCUCCAUGCUGCUGGAGAGGAAGAUGGAGACUCUGACUACAGAGUGGAACAAGAGCCCUGACAUGCUGUUCACUAUUCACCCUGCUGAUGGAUCCUUCCUGGUCUGGCAUGUGAAGUACCUGGACGAAUUCAACCAGGGCAUCUUCAGACAGGUUCAGGUGUCCUUCUCCUCUCGUAUUCCUGUGGCUUUCCCUACUGGUGAUGCCAACUCUCUGAGCAAAAAUAUCCUGAUGUACGCCUGCACUCUGACUGACAAUGAGAGUACGGGCUCAGGGGAUCAGGGGAGGAUGGUUGCCCGUGUGUCCCACUCUGCUUCAAUCUCAGCAGGCCUGUGUUCACCCGCUCUGGCCUCCUCUCCCAGCCCUCGGCCUGGCAUCAGCCCUGCUGUCAUGAUGGUCUCGAAGCAUGUUGACGGAUCGCUUAACCAGUGGGCAGUAACAUUCGCUGAACGUUCCGCCUUCUCCAACGUGCUGACUGUCUCUCACAAGUUCCGAUACUGCGGCCACCGCUUCCAUCUGAACGACCAAGCCUGUCACACAGUGCUGCCUCUGCUGCUAACAUCCUCUCACCAUAAUGCCCUGCUCACCCCGCCCUCAGCUCCGGGCAGCCUGGAGGGAGAGCAGCCUCCAACCUUUCCCUUACCGAAGGGACUUCCUAGGAAGCAGCUUCGCAACGCAGCAACAAGGACCUUCCACGAUCCCAAUGCGAUCUACAGUGAGCUGAUCUUGUGGAGGGUGGACCACAUUGGACCCCUGUCCUGCACUGGAGGCGUCUCUGAACUGGCCCGCAUCAACUCCCUGCACACCUCUGCCUUCAGCAAUGUUGCUUGGCUGCCCACACUCAUACCCAGCUCUGUACUCGGAACUUACUGCAACAGUGCCAGCGCCUGCUUCGUGGCAUCAGAUGGCAAAAACCUGCGUCUCUAUCAAGCUGUGGUGGACGCCAGGAAGCUACUGGAUGAGCUAUCGGAUCCUGAAACGUCUAAACUGGUGGGCGAAGUGUUCAACAUCGUCAGCCAGCAGUCCACUGCCAGACCUGGAUGUAUCAUAGAGUUGGACGUCAUUACAAACCAGUGUGGCGCCAACACCCAGCUGCUGCAUGUCUUCCAAGAGGACUUCAUUCUAGGUUACAAGCCUCACAAUGAACCAGAGGCAUAUACGCCAGCUUUCCCGUGUGGUGAAGAUUUUCAGCCGGCCCCAUUCUCUGAGAAGUUCUUCCUGGUGGUGAUAGAAAAGGAUCUGAACAGGAACUCAGUCCUGCAGAUGUGGCAUCUGCACCUUAAAUCAGUGCAGGCCUGUGUUGAUGAGCCCAGCCCAGAUUUCAGCUCUCAGAGCCAGCUCAUGGUUCCCAAUCAGGCUUUGAAUCCAGACUCAUCUCCGGAGACGUCACCUGUCAGACCUCUUCCACGGUCUGCCUCCACAGCCAACCUACAAUCAGCCAGCAAACUCAUCCUCAGCUCCAAGCUGGUGUACAGCAAGCGGCUCGACCUGCCCCACGGGGUGGAGGUUACCAGGGCAACCCCCUCUGCAGGUCACCUUAGUUCCUCCUCCAUCUACCCCGUGUGCCUGGCUCCAUACCUGAUUGUUACUACCUGCUCUGACUCUCGCGUGCGAUUCUGGCGCUGUGCUGUGGAGGGUGAUGAAGGGUUUAGUGAGGAUGACCGAGACAACCGAGCGUACCGCUGGGAGCCGUGGGUCCUGAUGAAUGAGGAGGAGGACAACAACAGUGCUGUUGGCGUGUCAGGCCGGCCUGUAGCUGUUUCCUGCUCCUACAUCGGCAGGCUGGCUGUGGCCUUUAAAAAGCCACGACAAGGACAGCUGCUGGGCUCUGCAGAAGACUUCUCCAUGCAUGUCUCCAUUUAUGAGUGCGAGUCCACUGGUGGAUCAGAGUGGGUUCUAGAGCAAACUCUCCACCUGGAUGACUUUACCAGACCCACCUCAACCCUGGAUCCUAGAGUCAGUGUGGACUCCAACCUCUUUGUCUACAGCAGGUCUGACCUCUACAUGACCAGGGACCACAGCUCCCCUAACAUUAAGCACUAUGUCCACCUGGACUGGCUGUCUAAGGAGGACGGCUCUCACAUCCUCACUGUGGGAGUGGGCUCCAACAUUCUGAUGUACGGUCGUAUUUCCGGCAUGGUCAAUGAGCAGACGAGCAGCAAGGAGGGGGUGGCUGUCAUUACCCUCCCUCUAGGGGGCAGCAUCAAACAGGGCAUCCGCUCUCGCUGGAUCUUGCUGAGGUCUGUGGACCUGCUGUCCUCUGUGGACGGAACACCAUCUCUGCCUGUCUCCCUGUCCUGGGUGAGAGACGGCAUCCUGGUGGUGGGCAUGGACUGUGAGAUGCACGUGUACGCUCAAUGGCAUCAGGACAAGAAGCCUGGAGAGGGAGACGAGGGCAACCUGUCGUGUGUGGACAUUGCUGGAGGUCAGACAGGAUCCUCCUCCGUCUUUGAGGGCAGAUCAAGGUCUAAGAGUGUGUUUGAAGGAAACACAGCUGUGGAUGAGGCUCUUCGAGCUCCUGCAGGACUUCAAGAAGGAGGGCUGUUUGAAGCAGCUCAUUCCCUGUCCCCGACUCUUCCUCAGUACCAUCCUACUCAGUUGCUGGAGCUCAUGGACCUGGGCAAGGUUCGACGGGCCAAGGCCAUCCUUGCUCACCUGGUGAAGUGCAUCGCUGGUGAAGUUGCUGUGGUAAGGGAUGUAGAGGCAGGUGAAGGGGGAGCCAGGAGACAUCUGUCCCGGACCAUCAGUGUUACUGGCAGCACAGCAAAGGACACCAUAGUGGCCGGCCGUGACGGGGGCAGGGACUACACCGAGAUCAACUCCAUCCCUCCAUUACCCCUCUACUCCCUCAUGCUGGCUGAUCUGGACACCUCGUACAAAGGAGCGGAAGAAGCUGCCAAGGGAGGGAAGGCGUCUGAUGGUGAUGGUGCCCACAAGUCCAAAGAGGAUCAGUAUACUGACCUUUUCCAGGUGCCAACGGUUACCACUGAUGACUUUGUGAACUUUGCCACCGACAAACCAGAAAAGAAGUCGCGUGUUAUCAACCUCUCUCAAUAUGGACCGACCUACUUUGGACCCGAGCAUGCUCAGGUGCUGUCCAGUCACCUCAUGCACUCCAGCCUACCAGGACUGACCCGGCUCGAGCAGAUGUUCUUGGUGGCUUUGGCUGAUACUGUUGCAACCACCAGUGCUGAGGUUGCUAGCUCUACAGAUCAGCAAUACACAGGUGCCGAGGCUCUUGAUGAGUGUGGACUGAGGUACCUGCUGGCCAUGCGUCUUCACACCUGCUUGCUCACCUCUCUGCCUCCCCUCUAUCGUAUGCAGCUGCUCCAUCAGGGCCUGUCGACGUGCCACUUUGCAUGGGCAUUCCAUUCAGAGGCAGAAGAGGAGAUGCUAAACAUGAUCCCCGCCAUGCAGAGGGGUGACCCGCAGUGGUCUGAGCUCAGAGCUGUGGGAGUGGGAUGGUGGAUACGUAACAUCAACACUCUGCGCAAAAUGGUGGAGAAGGUAGGCAAAGCUGCUUUCCAGAGACACAACGACCCUUUAGAUGCUGCUCUGUUCUACUUGGCCAUGAAGAAGAAAGCUGUCUUGUGGGGCCUGUUCAGGUCUCAGCAUGAUGAGAAGAUGACUCAGUUCUUCAAGAACAACUUCAGCGAGGACCGCUGGAGAAAGGCAGCUCUGAAAAAUGCUUUCUCCCUGCUGGGAAAGCAGCGCUUUGAACAGUCAGCCGCCUUUUUCCUGCUGGCAGGAUCACUCAAAGACGCCAUAGAGGUGUUGAUGGAGAAGAUGGAGGAUAUCCAGCUCGCCAUGAUUGUAGCAAGGCUGUAUGAGGCUGACUUUGAGAAUUCAUCCACCUGCCAAGGCCUGCUUUAUGAGAAGGUCCUCGGCUGUAACAGGGAUGGAAGUGGCUACCACUGCUCCAGACUGCACCCUGACCCCUUUCUCCGCAGCAUAGCCUACUGGAUCAUGAAGGAUUACACCCAAGCCCUGGACACGCUAUUAGAGCGAAUCCCCAAAGAGGAUGAUGAAAACCCUGAUAUGAUGGUGAAGUCUUGCAACCCUGUGGUGUUUAGUUUCUAUAACUACCUGAGAACACACCCUCUGAUCAUCCGACGCCACUUUGCGAAUCCAGAAGGCACAACUACCGUGGGCCUCACUUCAGAGAAGAGCAGCGCAGAUGAGAUUAAUCUUAUAGAGCGCAAACUGUUCUUCACAACUGCUAAUGCACACUUCAAGGUGGGCUGUCCAGUUCUGGCUCUUGAAGUUCUCUCCAAAAUUCCCAAAGUAACCAAAAAAAUAAGCUCUUCACCUCUCAGCAAAGAUUCAUCAAAGGCCAACCUAAACUCCAGCCAACCCCUGGAGAACGGCACCCAGGGAGGAGUGGACUGGGGCUUCCCGGCCCCCACGGCACAAGCAUGGGGAGGAAAUGAGAGUGCAGGCGGGCUGGACUGGAGCCAGCCUUUGGUCAAGGUAGAGGACGAGGGGCUGAAGCUGGACUGGGAAGAAGACAAAAAUGAGGAUUCAGAUGAGGACGAUGACGGUCUGACCAUGAAGAAGCCAGAGGCUGAGACCAAGGAUGGAGGAUCAGAGAGCAGUGGCAACAAACUCCAGAGAGAGAACUCGCAGGGAGAGUCAGAGGUGGACGUGAUAGCAGAGCAGCUGAAGUUCCGUGCCUGUCUGAAGAUCCUGAUGACAGAGCUGCGCACUCUGGCCACAGGCUUUGAAGUGGAUGGAGGGAAGCUUCGCUUUCAACUCUACAGUUGGCUGGAGAAGGAGAUUGCAGCCAUGCAUACUAUCUGCAACUAUAAGGUGGAGGGAAAGGAGGAGGAUUCAGAGGUGGAGCGUUGUUGGAGGGAGCGUACAGCAUCGAUUGAAAUAUGCGACGAUGUCCUGGACCGCACAGACGCUGGGGCUUACGAGCGUCACCAGAUGGAGCGACGCCGUCUUCAAGCCAAGCAGCAGCACUCAGAAAGGCGUAAGGCAUGGCUGAGGAAGAACCAGGCCCUGCUGAGGGUGUUUCUGUCCUACUGCAGCCUUCAUGGAGCCAAGGGAGGAGGAGUCACCUCUGUGCGCAUGGAGCUUCUGUUCCUUCUGCAGGAGAGCCAGCAGGAGACCACAGUGAAGCAGCUGCAGUCUCCACUGCCUCUGCCCACUACACUGCCUCUGCUAUCAGCUUGCAUUGCCCCCACCAAGACAGUCAUAGCCAAUCCUGUCCUCCACCUCAGCAACCACAUUCACGACAUCCUCCACACCGUCACGCUCAUGGAGGUUCCUCCACAUCCUGAACUCAUGGAUGAUCAGGUGAAUGCUCUGCACACACUGGCAGCAUCUCUGUCUGCUUGUGUCUAUCAAGCACUGUGUGACAGUCACAGCUACAGCAGCCAGACAGAGGCCAACCAGUUUACAGGGAUGGUGUAUCAAGGCCUGCUGCUCAGUGAGAGGAAACGACUUCGCACAGAAAGCAUUGAAGAACAUAUCACUCCAAACUCCGCUCCUGCACAGUGGCCAGGUGUGUCGUCCCUGAUUUCUCUGUUGACGUCUGCGCGGGAGGAGGACCAGCCGAGGCUCAGCGUGCUGCUGUGCGAGGCGGUCGUGGCUGUUUAUCUCGCACUGCUCAUCCACGGCCUGGGCUCUCACAGCUGCAACGAACUCUUCCGCCUGGCAGCACAUCCCCUCAACAACCGCAUGUGGGCCGCAGUCUUUGGGGGAGGGGCCAAAGUCGUUAUUAAGCCAAAGAGGCCCGAGGCCCCACCAGUGCCAGCUGAUUUUGAGGCAGCCAGGCCAGAGGAGUCUCAGGAGACAGGAAGACCUGAGCAGAGCAGCCUCACCCCAAACCCCACCCCCACCCCUACUGAAAUCCAGCGCCCCAAACGACCCCCUCCUCCCAUUUCAAGGGGAGAGGGGUCUGCCACUGUGGCACCAGCAACUAAGGCCAGCUCAACAGCUGGGCCUAGCAAGGAGUGUUCAGAGGCCAAGACUGAGACUAUAUCUGAAACUGAGACCAAACCAGUUGCUCCUCCUCAGCCUGCAGCGGAGGAUUCGGACCGAUACAGACGCAGGUUCAACAUGAGGAUGCUGGUUCCCGGACGCCCGGUAAAGGAGACGCCAGCCGCCCCGCCUCCUGUGCCCAUAGAGAGACCCACAUACAGAGAGAAGUUCAUCCCCCCUGAGCUGAGCAUGUGGGACUACUUUGUGGCCAAACCCUUCCUGCCGCUCUCAGACAGCAGCGCCCUGUAUGACUCAGACGAAAGCGGUGCAGAGGAUGAUGAAGACGACGAUGACGCCUUUCUCUCCGACACACAGAUAACAGAGCACCUUGAUCCCAACUCAUAUAGCUGGGCUCUGAUCCGCCUGGUGAUGGUGAAACUGGCUCAUCACAAUGUCAAGAACUUCAUCCCUCUCACUGGCCUCGACUUUACCGAUCUGCCAGUCGCCUCCCCUCUCAGCAACGCUGUGUUAAAGACUCUGGAGAACUGGGAGCAGCUUCUGUUGGAGCGAAUGAACAAGUUUGAUGGCCCGCCUCCCAACUACAUCAACACUUACCCCACUGACCUCAGCGCGGGAGGCGGACCUGCCAUACUCCGACACAAGGCCAUGCUGGAGCCAGAUAACACACCCUUCAAGACAAAGAACCAUCAGUCCUUCCCCGCCCGACGUCUCUGGCAUUUCCUGGUCAAACAAGAAGUUCUUCAGGAAACUUUGAUCCGUUACAUCUUCACUAAGAAGAGGAAGCAGAGUGAGUCUGUAGAGAACCAUAUGGACCAUUUAAGCCCAAACUGCAUAGCAGGAGCUAGCAGUCCUAAUAAGGUGGAGGCAGAUCUGGGUUACCCAGGAGGAAAGGCUAAAAUCAUUCACAAGGAGUCUGAUAUCAUCAUGGCAUUCUCCAUCAAUAAGGCUAACUCCAAUGAGAUCGUUCUGGCUUCCACUCACGAUGUGCAGGAGGUGGAUGUGUCCAAUCUGGUGUCUGUCCAGCCCUUCACCUGGAUAGGGGACGACUUUGAUAAGGAGUCCCGCAGCUCUGACGACAUAGACUAUCGCUCCUCUCAGACCAACAUCGCCCAGGCCAGCUCUGUUCCCUUCGCACCACCUCAGAUGCAGGUCUCUGCAUCCAUGCCGUGGCUGGGCACCGGGCAGACCAGCAUGGGAGCCAGUGUGAUCAUGAAGAGGAAUCUAAACAAUGUGAAGAGGAUGACAUCCCAUCCCAUAUAUCAGUAUUACAUGACAGGCGCUCAGGAUGGCAGUGUGAGAAUGUUUGAAUGGAACAGACCUCAGCAGCUCAUUUGCUUCAGACAGGCAGGCAACGCCAGAGUCACCCGGCUCUAUUUUAACUCCCAGGGCAAUAAGUGUGGAGUUGCUGAUGGAGAGGGAUUCCUCAGUCUCUGGCAGGUCAACCAAACAUCUUCCAACCCCAAACCCUACCUGAGCUGGCAGUGCCACACCAAGACCUGCGGUGAUUUUGCCUUUGUCACGUCCUCCAGCCUCAUCGCCACAGCAGGACAGUCCAACGAUAACAGAAAUGUUUGCCUGUGGGACACUCUGAUUUCGCCCAGCAAUACCAUGGUCCACGCGUUCCCCUGCCACGAGAACGGGGCCACUGUGCUGCAGUAUGCUCCUAAACAGCAGCUGCUGAUCACUGGAGGCAGGAAGGGCUUUGUGUGCGUGUUUGACAUCCGCCAGAGGCAGCUGCUGCACACUUUCCAGGCCCAUGACUCAGCCAUUAAAGCUCUCGCACUGGAUGCCUUCGAGGACUUCUUCGUCACCGGCUCUGCAGAGGGCAACAUGAAGGUGUGGAAGUUAGCCGGCCAUGGGCUCAUGCACUCUUUUAGCACCGAGCACGCCAAGCAGUCCAUCUUCCGCAACAUUGGCGCAGGCGUCAUGCAGGUGGAGACGCGACCCGGCAACCGCAUAUUUACCUGUGGAGCAGACGGCACCCUCAAGAUGAGGGUCCUCCCUGACCGCUACAACAUCCCAAGCAGCUUGGUCGACGUCCUGUAACGCCUACUCCCACUUCUGAGUGUCCAAAGAAGAAGACUGAGAUUGAGGAAAAAAAACAAAAUGCUUCUGUAACACUCGCUAGGCAUUAAUAGUUUAACUGAUGGGGGAAGAGUUGGCAAAAGAUCGCCAUGCUUUGGGCGUCUUUCUGAGCGUGCAGUGUUCGCAGGUUUACUGUUGAUGUAAAUCAUAUCAAGAUUGAAAAACGGAGCUGCAAAUAUUUUUUUUCCCAAAGGCUGAAAGCGAAGUUACAAGCAAAAGGUAUCAUACUUGAUUUUAAAGCUAGAUUUAUUGUAAUUUUAUUGAGAAUCUCUACUCUUAGAGUGUGUCCAUAGGGAAGCUAUGCAUGUCCUGUUCUCGUUCCGCGGUGCAAUCACAGGUCUAUUGAUAGUGCUCUGUAAAAGUGCUCAAGCAAAAAUUUUUAAAAAGUGUGUAACUGUUGUCAUUUUGUGCCCACAGCUGAAAUCUCUUAGCAUCUACUGUAACCAGCACUGUGGUUUGUUGAGUCAGUGGUUUCCGGUGUGAAUCGAGUUGUUGGAAUCUGCAUUUUGUUUCAAUGGUUUUGCCCCAACUCCCUUCCCCCUUUUGCCUUUUUGCCCGGCUUUCUCAGCCUUUAUGGAAGAGUUGAUGGUGCAUUGCUCCUGUAGUGAACCCUCCCCCUCUAACCCCUUUCUCACUGGCUGCCCAUCACUCACUCCGGCCUCUCCCGGUCCGGGCUCCACCCAGUCUGAUUCUGGUCCCGGAGUGCGUGCUCACUCUGCUGUGUCUGCCAUCCGUGCGCCUGCCCACCCACCUGCCCUCAAAUGCCUGUUUGUGCGGCAGACUCACUGCUAGAACAUUCCUGUUUGGAAGAUGACGUGUUUUAUUCCUGUGACUGUGAUUUCAAUGUUUCCAUCUGUCUGGUCCGAACCCAACGCCCCCCCACCCACCCAGAGCAGAAACACAAAGGUUCACUUCUGGUUUUGCACAAGAUAUUCUUGAAUUUGUGUUUUUAAACUUGAUUUUAUUAUUUAAAUUAUUUAUAUGUUUGUGUUUGUUUGGUUGACCAUUCCUUUGUAAAACUAUUUAACUUAUUGCCUUUUAUUUUAGGAAUGUAAGGGGUUUUACUGUAUCUGACUGGGAGAUGUGCUACACAGUCUACUGUAUGUAAGUGUGUGUUACCUCUCUAGUUGUUUUUACUGUUUCAUCCAUAGGGAAUAGAUAUUUGCACUCAAAUCCUGGAGACACUAAAAGUUUAUUUCAAAUCAAUAGGAUAAUGAAGAAGAAACUGUUAUAUACAAAUGAAUGUCUGGCUUUAUUUGGCCUAGUAGUAAAACGUUUGAAAUAGUUUUAAUAUAUAAAUGAUAUAAAUAUAUAUAUAUAUAUGAAAUACCACAACAGCUUGUACAAACAUGAAAGCAGUUCUUUAUUUUUGGUUUGUAUCAUACCAGCUGGAUUAGUUGUAACUUUUGUUAAGUGUAUGUUUGGUAUUUAUUAAAGAGAUUUGUGUUUCUCUCCCUCUUUCUGCCCACUAUGUGUACUGUAUGUAACUUAAGUGUUUUACCGAUGGUCCUACUGGUGUCUGGUGCGCGUGUGUGUGUGUGUGUGCGUGUGUGUGUGUGCAUGUAAUAAUGCAAAAGAAGCCAAUAUCAUGGGUAGACGCUUACUGGGGCAUUUGAGCCUGGAGGUGUGUGAGAGAACAGGUCAUGGUCAGAGUUUUACCUUUGUAAAGUGAAUAAAUUCUUUUUAUUUCAUCA